AUGGCAGACGUAAGAAGAUUGAAGCAGAAUCGAGCUACGAUAAAGGGUCAGAUGACUCAAAUAAAUAAUACUGUCGAUGAAAAUACGUCAGUUGCCGAAGCAAAGGUCAAGUCGACGAAAAUCGAAAGCUUGUGGGAGGCUUUCCAAGAAGUUCAGAAAAAGAUUGACGACGCAAGAUUAGAAAGAAUCGAAGUCGCCGCAGAUGAAGAAGUGCUGCCUACCGCAGAGCAAAAGGCAGAACGACAGAUUUUUGAAAAUACCUAUUUCGAAGCAGCAACGAAGAUCCAAAUGGUGAUCGAUACAGCACAAGCCGCUAAUCAGGUACAAGCUCAGGUCGCAAGGGCAGAGCCACAAAACGAAGACGGAAGGCGCGGACGGGGCGAACGGCGAAUGGAGGUCAAGCUGCCAACGUUGAAACUUCCCGAGUUCAGUGGCAAUUACAAUGAAUGGCUUUUAUUUAAGGAUGCGUUCACAUCAUUGAUUCAUGAGAACGACACACUCACCGAAAUACAGAAGUAUCAAUAUCUGCGAAGUUCGGUGACAGGUGAAGCGUUUCAGGUAAUCGGAGGUUUGGCCACGACUGCAGCAAACUACGAAAAUGCGUGGGAUCUUCUUCUAAACAAUUAUGAACAUCCGAGGCUUCUAAUUAACACACACUUGAAUCAAUUGCUUGAUUUUCCAGCCGUAUCAAAGGACAAACCAGCAACAAUGCGUCAACUGAUCGUUCACAUCAGAACGCACUUAAAGGCUUUAGAGACACUAGAGCUUCCGAAGAGUUGGGAAGAAGAAACCAAAAAAGACAAGGAAAAUUGGCCUACGUUGGAAAACUUUCUGACUUUUCUCAAUGAGCAAGUACGAACGCUUGAGAUAAUUGACAAGACCAAGGGAAAGUCGGAAGCAUCAAAGACGCCAGCAGGGAAAAAACAAGAAAGAAAAGUAGCUUUGGCAACCACCUCUCAAGAAGGUUGUGUCCUCUGCAGCAAGAAUCAUCAGUUGUACCGAUGCCCGGAUUUUCUGCAGCUAUCGAGUGCUGACAGAUUAAAGGAGGUGAAAGCGAAGAAACUGUGUAUGAACUGCUUAAGCAAAGGACACUUUUCCGCGGCUUGCAAAUCUUCAGCAUGCCGGAGGUGCCAGAAGAAGCACAAUACCCUGUUGCAUCCAGAGCAAGAAGAGAAGACUGCAACCGAUAAGAAGUCAGAAGAGGACGCGUCCAAGAAGGCAGUGGUAAUGCACGGCACUCAAGAAACCUUGCAAGAUACUGAAGAGUCAUCUUCUGUAAUCAACCUUGGUAGAAAACCCACGUCGUGCGUGGUGCUAUCAACGGCCCGAGUUAUAGUCCAUGACGUCAAUGGAGGCCAGCACAAAUGCCGUGCACUUCUAGAUGCAGGGUCGCAAUCCAAUUUGAUCACCCAGGAACUCGUCGACAGGCUCAGAUUGAAAUGUAAAAGGAGAGACGAAGUCAUCAGUGGGAUCAACCGAUCACAAACCAAUGUCAGUAAGACAGUAGGAGUAAAAAUCCGAUCGAUGAACGCGGAUUAUGAGGUAGCCAUAGAAUGUCUCGUGCUGCCUGCCAUUACUGAAAGACUUCCUCAAGUCAAAAUCAAUACUAAACUGAUUUGCUUGCCGGAGGGUUUGAGCCUAGCAGAUCCUGAUUUCCACACGCCAGGAACAGUGGAUAUUCUAAUAGGAGCAGGACUUUUCUGGCAAUUAAUCUGCAAGGAUUAUAUUCAAAGACCAAAGGGAAUACCCAGAUUACAACGUACGUUGCUAGGAUGGAUUGUAGGAGGGGAGCUUCUCGACGCCAGCUCGGAAACUCCAAGAAGCUUCUGCGGUCUCAUCACAAAUGCGCAACUCCAAGCGCAGUUAGAACGCUUUUGGAAGCAAGAGGAGACGCUCGAAAAACGGAGUCUCACCCAAGAAGAGAUUGAGUGUGAACGGCAGUUCCAUGAGUCGGUCAAGCGAGAUGAAACUGGUAGGUUCAUCGUAACACUUCCGAAGAAACCCGGAGUGAAACUCGGCGAUCCAGGGAAUCAAGCAUUGCAGCAAUUAUAUUCCCUAGAAAGAAGAUUCAGAGGAGAUCCAGCAUUGAAGAAUGCGUAUGUUCAAUUCAUGGAAGACUAUGAAACUCAAGGCCACAUGUCGUUAAUGGGACCAGGCCCAGAUACGAGCACAAAGGUAGAGCAAUCGUACAUACUUCCGCAUCAUCCGGUGAUUAAACCGGACAGCACCACAACUAAGUAUGUAUGUAUGUAUGUAUGCCGUUUAUUGCAUUUCCCCGUAGGGUUUACAAGGCGUUUUUAUUUAUGA